AGGCAGGUUGAUGACAAGUGUGCAUUUUCAUGUAUAAUGUAUCCCUGGUUUUCGGCGGCAGUUGUACAGAAGUGAAAUUUUCUUUUAACGCGUUAUUUUUACAAAGUAUAUUUAAAUAAAUACUUAAACAGUUAAAAGACUAACAAUAAACCAUGGCUGAUGCCGCAGCACGUCAAUUGCAGUACGAGUACAAAGCUAACUCGAAUCUUGUGCUGCAAGCUGAUGUACGCCUUAUUGAGCGUCCACGUCGCGAUGAAGCCACCGGCGAGGUAUGUUCCUUGGUGGGCAAAUUAGAUGGCACACGCAUGGGAGAUCGUUACCAGCGCACAAAGCCGGAAAAAACAGAGGAGCGCAAGGUGAAGCGACAGAAGCGUGAUGAGGCACAAUAUGACUUUGAGCGUAUGAAGGGCGCUACUCUGCUCUCGGAGGGCAUUGACGAAAUGGUCGGCAUUGUAUAUCGUCCCAAAACUCAAGAAACACGCCAGACGUACGAGGUGCUGCUCAGUUUCAUACAGGAGGCCAUAGGUGAUCAGCCACGUGACAUACUCUGUGGUGCCGCGGACGAGAUAUUAGCUGUGCUCAAAAACGACCGCCUCAAGGAUCGGGAGCGCAAACGCGAUGUAGACAGUUUGUUGGGCGAAGUGACAGACGAGCGUUUUGCGUUGCUUGUCAAUCUGGGCAAGAAGAUUACAGACUUUGGCAGCGAUGCUGUCAAUGCACUAACGUCUGCCGUUAAUAAUGAGGAACAAAUCGACGACGCUUAUGGCAUUAAUGUGCAAUUUGAAGAGUCCGAGGAAGAGAGUGACAAUGAUAACUUUGGUGAGAUACGCGACGAUGAUGCAGAGGACGAAGGCGAGGAAGCACGCAUCGAUCAUACGCUGCAUGCUGAGAAUCUUGCAAGCGAGGAGGCUGCUAGCAAUGUGAAAAAGGAUAAGCCGUUGCAUCCGCUGGACAUUGACGCCUACUGGCUGCAGCGCUGUCUAAGCAAAUACUACAAGGAUGCGAUGGUGUCGCAGAGCAAAGCGGCCGAUGUGUUGAAGAUACUCAAGGAUGCGGCAGAUGAACGCGACUGUGAGAAUCAAUUGGUGCUGCUCUUGGGCUACGAUUGUUUUGAUUUCAUCAAACAGCUCAAGCUCAAUCGUCAGAUGAUACUCUACUGUACCAUGCUGGCUUCAGCGCAAACAGACAGUGAACGUCAGCGGAUACGUGAAAAAAUGCAAGCUAAUACGGCGCUGGCUAAGAUUCUGCGUCAACUGGACACAGGCAAAGCAGAUGAGCAGGAGGAGGCAGAUGCGCGUGCUAAUAAACGUGGCAAGGGCGACGCUGAUGAUGGUGGUGCAGCGGCAGCAGGUCAAGUGGUAGGCGUGCGUCAGCUUCUGGAACUGGAUGAGUUGUCCUUUACCCAAGGCUCGCAUUUCAUGGCUAACAAGCGUUGUCAGCUGCCCGAUGGCAGUUAUCGUAAGCAACGCAAGGGCUACGAAGAGGUUCAUGUGCCGGCACUAAAGCAGGUGCCCUUCGAGGCGCAAGAGGAGCUCCAACCCAUAGACAAGUUGCCCAAGUAUGUGCAGCCCGUUUUCGAAGGCUUCAAGACGCUUAAUCGCAUACAGAGUCGUCUGUACAAGGCGGCACUGGACAGCGAUGAGAACAUGCUGCUGUGCGCGCCUACAGGUGCAGGCAAGACAAAUGUGGCGCUGUUGACGAUGAUGCGGGAGAUUGGCAAGCACAUCAAUGAGGAUGGCACUAUUAAUGCACAGGACUUCAAGAUAAUCUAUGUGGCGCCCAUGAAGUCGCUGGUGCAGGAAAUGGUGGGCAAUUUUGGCCGUCGAUUGGCCUGCUAUAACCUAACCGUGUCCGAGCUAACGGGAGAUCAUCAACUGACGCGUGAGCAGAUUGCCGCCACGCAGGUGAUUGUCUGCACGCCGGAGAAGUGGGAUAUUAUCACACGCAAAGGCGGUGAACGCACCUUUGUUAGUUUAGUGCGUCUGGUGAUUAUUGAUGAAAUCCAUUUGCUGCACGAUGAACGCGGUCCGGUGCUGGAGGCUUUGGUGGCACGUACCAUACGUAAUAUUGAGUCCACACAGGAGGACGUGCGUCUCGUGGGUCUUUCUGCCACUCUGCCUAAUUACCAGGAUGUGGCCACAUUUCUGCGUGUAAAACCCGACAAGGGACUUUUCUACUUUGACAACAGCUAUCGUCCCGUAGCCCUGGAGCAGCAGUACAUUGGCGUAACCGAGAAGAAGGCACUGAAGCGUUUUCAGGUAAUGAACGAGAUAGUGUACGAAAAGACCAUGGAGCAUGCAGGACGUAAUCAGGUGCUGGUCUUUGUGCACUCGCGCAAGGAAACGGGUAAAACGGCACGCGCUGUUCGCGACAUGUGCCUGGAGCAGGACACGCUGGGCAGCUUUCUGCGCGAAGGUUCCGCCAGUAUGGAAGUGUUACGCACGGAAGCCGAGCAAGUGAAGAAUACUGAACUGAAGGAAUUGCUGCCCUAUGGCUUUGCCAUACAUCAUGCGGGUAUGACGCGCGUGGAUCGUACGCUCGUGGAGGAUCUCUUUGCGGAUCGUCACAUACAAGUGCUGGUGUCCACAGCUACCUUGGCCUGGGGUGUCAAUUUGCCCGCGCAUACAGUCAUCAUCAAGGGCACGCAGGUGUACAAUCCAGAAAAAGGUCGUUGGGUGGAGCUGAGUGCGCUGGAUGUGCUUCAGAUGUUGGGACGUGCAGGUCGGCCGCAGUACGACACCAAGGGCGAGGGCAUUCUUAUAACUAACCACAGUGAGCUGCAGUUUUAUCUGUCGCUGCUUAAUCAGCAGCUGCCCAUUGAGUCGCAGUUCAUCUCCAAGCUGCCGGACAUGCUCAAUGCCGAGAUUGUGCUGGGCACAGUGCAGCAUCUGCAGGAUGCAGUCAACUGGUUGGGAUACACCUAUCUUUACAUACGCAUGCUGCGCAAUCCCACCUUGUAUGGGGUUUCGCAUGAUGCCAUCAAGUCGGAUCCGCUGCUCGAGCAGCAUCGCGCGGAUCUGCUUCAUACAGCAGCAUGCUGUUUGGAGCGCAGUGGAUUGGUGAAGUAUGAGCGCAAAACGGGGCACUUCCAGGUGACGGAUUUGGGUCGCAUUGCCUCGCACUAUUAUCUGACACAUGAGACCAUGUUGACCUAUAAUCAGCUGCUCAAGCAGACGCUCAGCGAGAUUGAGCUGUUCCGCGUGUUCUCGCUAUCCUCGGAGUUUAGACACAUCUCGGUGCGCGAGGAGGAGAAGCUGGAGCUGCAAAAGCUCAUGGAGCGCGUGCCCAUCCCCAUUAAGGAGUCCAUUGAGGAGCACAGUGCCAAGGUGAAUGUUCUUUUGCAGGCCUACAUUUCUCAGCUCAGGCUAGAGGGCUUUGCACUCAUGUCGGACAUGGUGUUCAUCACACAAUCCGCUGCGCGUCUCAUGCGCGCCAUCUUUGAGAUUGUGCUGACGCGCGGUUGGGCGCAGCUGGCGGAUAAGACGUUAACAUUGUGCAAGAUGAUUGAUCGCCGCAUGUGGCAGUCCAUGACGCCACUGCGUCAGUUCAAGAAAAUGCCCGAUGAGAUUGCAAAGAAGCUGGAGAAGAAACACUUUCCCUGGGCGCGUCUCUACGAUCUGGAGCCGCAUGAACUUGGCGAGCUCAUACGCGUACCCAAGCUGGGCAAGACUAUACACAAGUUUGUGCAUCAGUUCCCUAAGCUGGAGCUCUCCACGCAUAUACAACCAAUUACAAGAGCUACACUGCGCGUGGAGCUGACCAUUACGCCUGAUUUCCAGUGGGAUGAGAAGGUGCAUGGACAAUCCGAAGGAUUCUGGGUGCUCAUUGAGGAUGUAGACUCGGAGCUCAUCUUGCACCACGAGUUCUUCUUGCUCAAGCAAAAGUAUUCCCAAGAUGAGCACCAGCUGAAGUUCUUUGUGCCCGUAUUUGAACCACUGCCGCCGCAAUAUUUCCUGCGCAUUGUUUCGGAUCGUUGGAUUGGCGCCGAGACGCAGCUGCCCGUGUCGUUCAGGCAUCUGAUCUUGCCGGAGAAGAAUAUGCCGCCAACGGAGCUGCUAGAUCUGCAGCCACUGCCCAUUAGUGCGCUGCGUAUGCCGAAGUUCGAGGCAUUCUACACGCAACGCUUUCAACAGUUUAAUCCCAUACAGACGCAGGUAUUCAAUGCGGUCUACAAUAGCGAUGACAAUGUGUUUGUGGGCGCACCCACUGGCUCCGGCAAGAUGACUAUAGCAGAGUUUGCCAUUAUGCGUCUGUUUAGCCAGAGUAGCGAUGGACGCUGCGUUUAUCUGGUCAGUCAGGAGGCGCUGGCAGAUCUGGUCUUUGCCGACUGGCAUGCCAAGUUUGGGGCACUGGACAUCAAGGUGGUCAAGCUUACAGGCGAAACGGGUACGGAUUUGAAGCUAAUUGCCAAGGGUCAGCUGGUGAUCACCACAGCGGACAAGUGGGAUGUGCUCUCCCGUCGCUGGAAGCAGCGCAAGAAUGUGCAGCAGAUUAAUCUUUUCAUUGUCGAUGAACUGCAGCUGGUGGGUGGCGAGGAUGGACCUGUUUUGGAGAUUGUUUGCUCGCGUAUGCGCUACAUUAGCUCCCAGAUUGAGAAGCAGAUACGCAUUGUGGCCUUAUCGGCUUCUCUUACGGAUGCACGCGAUGUUGCCCAAUGGCUGGGCUGCAAUCCCAACGCAACCUUCAACUUUCAUCCCAGCGUGCGUCCCAUACCGCUCGAGCUGCACAUCCAAGGGUUUAAUGUUACGCACAACGCCACCAGGAUUGCUACCAUGUCAAAGCCGGUGUACAAUGCUAUACUCAAGUACAGCGCUCACAAGCCUGUGAUAGUGUUUGUUUCUUCGCGCAAGCAGGCGCGUCUGGUGGCCAUUGAUAUACUGACCUAUGCGGCGUCGGACUUGCAGCCGAAUCGCUUUUUCCAUGCGGAGGAGGAUGAUAUACAACCUUUCCUGGAGCGUAUGUCCGAUAAGACACUCAAGGAGACAUUGGCUCAGGGUGUGGCAUAUUUGCAUGAGGGUCUCUCCGCCUCGGAUCAUCGCCUAGUCGAGCAGCUGUUCGACUCGGGCGCAGUGCAGCUAGCCGUGGUGUCUCGCGAUCUCUGCUGGGGUAUGAGCAUCUCGGCGCACUUGGUCAUAAUUAUGGACACGCAAUUUUACAAUGGCAAGAAUCAUUCUUAUGAGGAUUAUCCCAUAACGGAUGUGCUGCAGAUGAUUGGACGCGCUAAUCGACCAAACGAAGAUGCGGAUGCCAAAUGUGUGCUUAUGUGUCAGAGCUCCAAGAAGGACUUUUUCAAGAAGUUCAUCAACGAGCCGUUGCCAAUUGAGAGUCACUUGGAUCAUCGCAUGCACGAUCACUUCAAUGCCGAAGUGGUCACCAAGACCAUAGAGAACAAACAGGAUGCAGUGGACUAUCUCACCUGGACUUUCCUCUAUAGGCGCUUGACACAGAAUCCCAAUUACUAUAAUUUGCAAGGUGUUACCCAUCGCCAUUUGUCUGAUCAUUUGUCUGAGCUGGUGGAGAACACGCUUAGCGAUCUGGAGCAGUCUAGAUGCAUAAGCGUUGAGGAUGACAUGGAUACACUGCCGCUUAAUCUGGGCAUGAUUGCGGCCUAUUACUACAUAAACUAUACAACCAUCGAACUCUUCAGUUUGUCGCUCAACAGCAAAACCAAAGUGCGUGGUCUAUUGGAGAUUAUAUCCUCGGCUGCCGAGUAUGAGGAUGUAGUAGUGCGGCAUCAUGAGGAGCAGGUGCUACGCACACUCUCGCAGCGUUUGCCCAACAAACUAACAGGACCGAAUGAAACAGCGCCCAAAUUCAACGAUCCGCACAUAAAAACCAACUUGAUGCUGCAAGCGCAUUUGUCACGUCUGCAGUUGGGCCCAGAACUUCAAGGGGACACAGAGCAGAUACUCAGCAAGGCCAUACGUUUAAUACAGGCUUGUGUGGAUGUGCUCAGUUCCAAUGGCUGGUUGUCGCCAGCUGUGGCGGCCAUGGAGCUGGCUCAAAUGGUCACGCAAGCCAUGUGGAGCAAAGACUCGUAUCUGCGCCAGCUGCCACACUUUAAUGCGGACAUCAUCACGCGUUGCAGCGAAAAGAAAAUCGAAACUGUUUUCGAUAUUAUGGAGCUGGAGGAUGAGGAUCGUUCACGUCUAUUGCAGCUGUCUGAUGCUCAAAUGGCCGAUGUGGCGCGCUUCUGUAACCGUUAUCCUAACAUUGAGCUCAACUACGAGGUGGUGGACAAGGAUCGCAUACACUCUGGCUCCACGGUGAAUGUGGUUGUGCAAUUGGAGCGCGAGGAUGAGGUCAUUGGACCUGUUAUAGCGCCAUUCUUCCCACAAAAACGCGAAGAAGGCUGGUGGGUGGUCAUUGGUGAUCCGAAGACAAAUUCAUUGCUUUCCAUCAAGCGCCUGACGCUGCAGCAAAAGGCCAAAGUGAAGCUGGACUUUGUGGCGCCCAGUCCAGGCAAGCACGACUAUACUUUGUAUUAUAUGAGCGAUUCUUACUUGGGCUGCGAUCAAGAAUACAAAUUCUCUAUUGAAGUAGGCGAUUUUCAAUCAGAGAGCGAAAGCGAAUCAGAUUAAGCAUUAAACUAUAAUUACGACUGCAAGCAUAAAUUACAAAAUAAAA